AUGGGCGUCCCCAACCUGUAUAAGCAGUUUUUGUUGCACUGCAAAGACGAAAUCCGUCAAGCGCUCUACACAUUCACCAUCCCAUCCAACUAUCCCAUCCACAUCCACUGUACACAAGGCAAAGACAGGACGGGACUUGUAUCUGCUCUCGUUUGUGGGAUCGCCGGCGUACCGACUGAGAUAAUCGUCAAAGAUUAUGCAAUGUCGCAACCAGGCUUGGCCCCUAUUUAUUCCGAUGUGGUGAAACACGUGGUGGACGCCGGUCUCUCGAAAGAUUUUGCCAAUGCAUUACCUGAGACUAUGCGUGAUGUGCUCCAUUUCAUUGAUGAGGAGUUUGGAUCGAUCGAAAAGUACCUUGUUUCCAUUGGUUUUAGAAAGGAAGAUCAGGAACGCAUUCGCGAAAUUAUUUGCGCAUGA